AGUGCGCUGCUCCUCCCCGGGGAGCUCGCCUCCCUCGCGCGCGCGCGAGCGAGCGAGCCACCUUUCCUACUACUACUAGUAGCUUUUAUAUCGGCGCCAGUGGGAUAGCCUACCUCUGCCUGUACUUACAGCAGGAGCAGCCGUCGCCGCAAUUUCCACUUGCUCGUUUAGUCGCCACAGCCACAGCCACAGCCACAGCCACAGCGGUUUUAGCCUAGCCACCGCCGGGGGAACAGCACAUGGAAGGAGACGGCGACGCUAGGUCGAGGGCGGGGCUGGCCUGGGAUCUCGGGAUGCAGCAGUGGGCGCCCGCCGCCUCGGCUACUUACCCGCAGCAUUUCCUGCCGCCGCCGCCGCCGGGGGUGGCUAGCCACCACCACCAGCAGCAGCAGCAUAUGCAGCAGGAGCUCACUAGCCUAAAGCUGGGUAAGCGCCCCUGCUCGCUGGCCGGCGUCCAGGUGGCUCAGGUGGACGGCACCGGGGCUGCCGUGGUGGAAGGCAAGAGGAAGGAGAAGGCGGGCGCGCCGGCAACGGCGGCCAUGCCAAGGUGCCAGGUGGAAGGGUGCCACAUGGUGCUGGCGGGGGCCAAGGAGUACCACCGGCGGCACAAGGUGUGCGAGGCGCACUCCAAGGCGCCCAGGGUCAUCGUGCACGGCGCCGAGCAGCGCUUCUGCCAGCAGUGCAGCCGCUUCCACGCGAUGGCGGAGUUCGACGACGCCAAGCGGAGCUGCCGCCGGCGCCUUGCCGGCCACAACGAGCGGCGCCGGAAGAGCAACGCCAACGACGCCAUGGCCAGGGGCACUGCGCACGCACACGGGAUGGCGUCGUUGGCGCACGGUUUCGUGCCGUACGGCGGCCUGCCGACGUCCCCGGCUGGUGCUCUCUCUCUUCUGUCAUCGGCCAGAGGCGCCCCCUGGCUAGUCCCGACGACGCCCGGCGACGUGUUCGCCGCCCGCUCCAGCAGCGCCGCGCUGGACGAGCUCAUCGCCGAGAACCGCGCGGCGCUCCUGGCGUGCCACUUCUUCCCGCAGCGCUCGGCUGCUGCCCGGCCGACCGCCGCAGAGAUGGCGCCCACUUGGCACCAAGCGCACCAGCAGGCCCCGCCAGGCCACGCGUUGGUGGGCAAUGGCGUUGGCGUUGGCCAAGACCACGGAGCUGCUGCUCCAGCGGGGCACGUCACGCUCGACCUCAUGCAGGCGCCCUCCACGGCCGGCUUGCCGUUCCGCCCCAUGGCGCAGGGCAGGUCGGCCGGGGACGGCGGCGCGGGCCGUGGCUCGGGCGUGUCGACGCCCAUGCAGGGUGCCCAUGCCGUCUGAGCUCGCGCCGUCUCGUGCCAUACUAGCUACAUGGUGCACGUACUUUCUCUCUUUCUCUCUCUCAAAAAAAAAAAAAAACAUGGUGCACGUAGGAGGUACUACAGUACGCAGCAUGGGCGCAGCUGGGGCUUUGGUCGUUGUGUCAGCCGUGCAAUCAACUUGAGUUGGACAACAAUGUCCUGUUUGUCUUGUAGCGGGUGUUAGCUGCAUUUUUUUUUCCUUUCGAAAGAGCGCCCCAAGUAAAUUCUGCUUCUGAACUCCAAGUUGGAUUAAUUUGAAAUCAUGGGUGGUCUUCCAUGCCGUCA